ACAAAUACUUCUUCGCCAAACAGAACAGUACACAAAGCAACCUUGAUUUUUCAAGUUAUAAUUCGAAAUUUGCGCUUUCUUUUGAACUAAAAACCAGGCUGGGUCAUACCUCGAUGGUGUAGUUGCUACAGGGAAUAGCGUCGGGCUGAUUUUAUUAAGGGAAUGGUUUAUGGGAUUACUAAUGAAGAUAGCAGCCCUGCAAUAAACAGUUCUCAUGAAAGGCUUCAAUCAUUGGAUAACGACARAGCCUUGCAAGAGGAUAACCAUGCCGAUCCCUUGAAACUAAAGACCAUGGCAGGUGUGGCUGGUCAGUUUGACGACUGUGAUGACACCCCACGAGAAGUGGACCUGUUAAUGGAGGAACAUGUCGAAGAUCUUCUUGAUGCUGUAGAAUGCUUGAGAGGGAAAGUUGAACAGCUUCAGAUUCAAUGUGAGAAACUCUCUUUUGAAAAGGGCUGCCUUGAAGAACGCUUGAUUCUACAGGAAACCAAUUCUCUAGAAAAAGCUCGGGAUUAUGAACAGGAAAUCAGCGAGUUGAGAAAAGUGAAUUUACAGUUGAUGGCUGAUGUGAAAAUUCAUGAAGGCACAAAARCAAUACCAUCAUGGGUCACAACAAGCCUUGAUGCAGAGAAGGCAUUGGAAGACAAGGCACAAGCUGAGAGACAAGUCAAAACACUACAGAUUACUCUCAUGGAAAAAGACAAACAAAUCUCCAGCCUGGAGUGGCAAUUAAUGGAUGCUGAAUCUACAGUAUCAUCUAUACAAGCAGAAAGAGAUCAGCUUGCAGUUGAGAUGGACUGYAUGCUGGCGCAUGAAGAGGAAGACCUUGCAAAUUACAGGGGCACAUCACCUGACAGCAGAGCUGUCUUCUCAGAUGAUGAAUAUUACCAACCCAGUCCCAAUACACACAGUAAACACGCAAGACGUCACUUGAGUGACCUCACCAAGAGAGAAGAUUCUUAYAUUGACGAUCUCACAGGAUUUGUUCAAAAAGGAAAACAUGCUUCGGCAUUGUCAAAUAAUGAUGUGCCGUCAGCUACAGAGGCACAGUUUUUAGGUGGACUCAAAAGGACAACAAAUUUUAACAACAUUAAUGAUGUGGAUGAGUUUGCAGAUUUUCAUCAGGACGAAGGGGUAGGGGACUCCAGUUCCAUUGACUUCACAGCUUCUUUUCCUCCGUCAAAAACAAAAUCUUUAGUAGAUUCUAGYUGGCAUAGUUUUGGGAGUGAUUCAGACUGUACAGCAACGUCGUCAAAAAUCAACACAAGCUUGAAAAAUAAUUUCGAUGACUCCAAUGCCUGGGCACUAUCAGAUUCAAAAUACCAGAAUGAAGAAGGUUGUUUUGAUGAUGCAGGGGAAGAUGGAUGGGUCUUGGAUGCAGAUCCCCCACUUCCAGGAGGACUUGGGAAUUAUAAAAAUGAGUCUUGCCGGAGCUCAUCGUCUGCUUACUUUAGUGACAAUUCUACAAAUGAAGUGAGUCAUGAUCCUUGGGCUUUUGCUCCUGACAGCAUCAUYRAUGUYUCUACAGGUGAAGAAUUGAAGUCAUCUCUUCAAGAAAACAAACAAMUAUCAAAAAAAGAAAAACCCUCACAGCAAGAGAAAGAAAUUAUAACUCCGAUAAAUCUGAAUAAAAACUCAUGCAUUCAUCCUGAUGAAAUUAAAGCAGCAUUUUCUGAGAUUAGCUUUGAACGAUCAUCCUCUGUCAGAAGUGAUGGUGCAGUUGAUUCACUUUCUAAGGAGUCUCCGAAUCACCAGCGUAUUAACAGUGAGCCAGCAGCACCAUUGGAACGAAGAAAAUCUUCUGGUGAUCAUGAAGUGGAGCGAAGAAAAUCAUCUGGUGAUGGUCACCAAGGGCUGGUUAAAUUAGAAGCAUAUCAGAAGUGGAGAAUCAGUGGAAGGAAAGGCCAACCACCUGCAAAGCUGAAGAUCUCACAGUAA